AUGAAAAAGUACUUGUUAUUAUGUGAAGCGUACUUGAUCAACAAAAACGGAACUUACCAAGACAAACUCGUCACAACUCGCAUUCAAAAAGCAGUUGAAAUUCGAAAUGAAUUUUUCUCACUGUUCACAUCCACAGAAUCAAAGCAAUUUGUCGCAAGUAUUUUACAACCUGUUUUGGAUGACAAGAACGAUUACAUUAGAUUUAUUGGACUUACUACUGUCUUUCUUCUUGUUAAGGAGAAUUACACCAACUUCUUUUACUUUGGCAAAAUGGUCUUAUCCCUCACCGAACACGAGUUUGUGCUUAAAACACAACACAAAGAGUCUGUAGGAGCUUCGUGUUGUUUGUUAGUGUGGGCUUAUCUUGUGCGUAAACAGAACAAGAACUUUGUGAUGGGUCUCGAGAAGCGACAAAUUGAUGCAGAAACAACAAUAAGGCUCUAUGAGUUAAUAAUCACCUUCUGUGCACAUUUGAUGUUUGAGUCCAACUUCUCGAGAACAGAAAUGGAGUCUGUCGAUUACUUGAAAGAGACAUUAGAGUUAGUUUUAUGUGAAAUACCUUCUGACAACAUCACUUUAUUAAUUGAGAAACAUAAAAUGUUUUUAAGUGACUGUUCUGUCGCUAAACGGUGGAGUGCAGUGUUUUCGCUCUCAAAUUUAUUACUUCAUCAGUACAAUAAAGACAAUGUCCUCUUUUAUGUUAUUCUACUUGGAAAUUGUAUCUUCGACAAAGAGAGCACUAUUCAGAAAGAAGCAUUAUAUGGUAUUAAUAGAGUUAUUAAACGACGAGUUGACUUAGAAGAUAGUGAUUUUGUCGUGUCUUUAGUACUCAAUGUUGUCAAUAAAUGGAAAGAAAUUGGGGAUGAAAGCAUCCUCUUCUUUUUGAAAAGUGUUGUGCCUGUAUUUACAAGCAAUCGCGUCACCCCGUCUGAUUUUGUGGUCUUGAAAAUUGUACAAGUGGUGUUAACAAUUUUCUUUCACACAACUAGUGAAAAACUAAUUGUCGAUUGCACUACACUUGUAUUUGAAAUCAUCAAAAAGCUCGACACGAAGUACGCGAAGGUUAUUUACUUACAACUCAUUGAAGGACUUUUAUUAAACAAAGUUAAUGUUUUGAAGCUUGCCAUAAUGUUGUUUAGAAAUUGUAUUUACAAGAUGGGAGAAGUCGUAGAAGAAGAGAAUGUUAUACAAUUAACAAUAAAAAGAAUAAAAUUUCUAUGGAAUGUGAUACCCGACCAAAUAGCUCUUUUAAUGGGUGUUUUUCUGAUGUAUUAUAAAAGUGAGAAAUGUGUGAGUUUUGAGCUCCAAAACUCAUUAUGUGAUCCACUCUCCCGACAUAUUUGGAAACCUUUUGUCUUAUAUAACAAAUGUAAAAAUGAGUUUUGGUUGCAUAUUGUUAUUGGAAGGAAUAUAUGA